CCUUCUCGAGCUAGCACAUCAGCUCUGCCACCGUCUCCUCUCUCCACCCAAGUGUUUGUCCCCGGACCUCGAGUCAGUGUAGGCUACUGGGUGCCUGUCUGUGUGGACGAACACAGUGGAGCAGAGUUCUUUUUCUCCUCACGAGCGUCGACGUUCUCUACGAGCAAAGUCUCGAGAUUGGUGCACCGAAUUGUCGAGACUCGACAAGUGGAAGAGGGAGCGAAAUUUGUUUGACGUCUGAGUACUUUGUCCACGAUGUCUUCGAACGCCGAAUGGCAGGAGGGGAACUCGAAGGGUGAGCCUGGCUCGUCCUUGCAUGGAGUCACUGGUCGGGAGCCAGUGUUUCAGAUGACUAUGGCGACCGUGGGCGAGCAGGAAGCCACUGACCUCAAGGGGAGGAAGUUCGCUCUUCCAGUCGAUUCCGAGCACAAGGCUAAGACUGUGAGGCUCUAUUCCGUGGCUGCUCCUCACAUGAGGACUUUCCAUCUGUCGUGGAUCGCCUUUAUGAUCUGCUUCUUCUCCACCUUCGCCGCACCGCCUCUCAUGCCCGUCAUCCGUGACAACCUCGGGCUCACCAAGGGGGACAUUGGCAACGCCGGCAUCGCCUCAGUCGCUGGAGCUGUGGUGUCUCGUCUUCUCAUGGGCACUAUCUGCGACCUCGUGGGGCCUCGCUACGGCUGCGCCAUUCUGAUGAUGAUCACGGCGCCUGCCAUCUUCUGCAUGCCUCUGGUGUCCACUCCGGUGGGAUUCAUCCUGGUGCGAUUCUUCAUCGGUUUCUGCCUGGCGACGUUCGUGUCGUGUCAGUUCUGGAUGAGCUCCAUGUUCAACAGCAAAAUUGUGGGAAUCGCUAACGGCACGGCAGCCGGAUGGGGGAACAUGGGAGGAGGCAUCGUUCAGCUGGUGAUGCCCCUGGUGUUCGACAUCAUCCGCCGAGACAUCGGAUCCGAGAAGUUCACUGCUUGGAGGAUCGCCUUCUUUGUCCCCGGCGUGCUGCAAGUGAUGAUGGGACUGCUCGUCUUGACCCUGGGCCAAGACUUGCCCGACGGAAACUACGCGGAGCUCAAAAGAGAGGGCGAGAAAGUCAACGACAGCUUCAAGAAGGUGUUUCUGUACGCUGUCACCAACUAUCGCACGUACAUUUUUGCUCUGACCUACGGCUAUUGCUUCGGAGUGGAGCUCACAGUCGACAACAUCAUCGCCGAGUACUUCUACGAUCGCUUCGACCUGAACCUGCAGACUGCUGGAAUCAUCGCAUCCACUUUCGGGCUCAUGAACUUGUUCUCUCGCCCUCUGGGAGGAGUCCUCUCCGAUGUGGUGGCUGCGAGGUGGGGAAUGAGGGGCAGGCUCUGGAAUCUGUGGAUCAUCCAGACGGUGGGAGGAGUUCUGUGCAUCGUUCUGGGCCUGACGGGCCAGCUGGGACCUGCCAUCGCCGUCAUGCUCAUCUUCUCGUUCUUCGUCCAGGCAGCUUGCGGUGCCACCUUCGGCAUCAUUCCCUUCAUCUCUAGGAGGUCAUUGGGAAUCAUCUCUGGCGCCACUGGAGCCGGUGGAAACAUCGGAGCCGUGACGACUCAGGGAAUUUUCUUCAUGAGCUCCAAGUACACGACGGAGGACGGGAUCAUGCUGAUGGGAAUCAUGAUCGUGGCCUGCACUCUGCCGGUUAUCUUCGUCCACUUUCCGCAGUGGGGAAGCAUGUUCCUCCCCGCAUCCAAGGCCACCGAGGAAGAUUACUAUGUCUCGGAGUGGAACAAGGAGGAGCAGUCCAAUGGUCUCCAUCACGCUAGUAUGAAAUUCGCCGAGAAUGCCAAAUCUGAGCGAGGCCGCCAGUCGCCACCAAGAUCCAAAGGACAAGCUGUUGGUGUGGAUCAGCUUUGAAUACAUUCGGAAGGCGUGGAAAUCUGAUGAUAAGCUAUCGUGAGGUCAUAGCAGACACAUGUAUCACUGACAUCUUCAGCAGGAAUUUCAGCUCAGAACUCCAGCCUGAUCUUAUUUGUGGACACUUGACCGUAUUCUUAAUUCGGAGAUGUAGAUAGAUUGCAGCUUCGGUCGCCUUGAGGAAAGCCAACCUCGAGACAAUUCGAGUGCUUUCCACCGAGUGCUCCUCGUAAAAUAGCGAUAGAUUUUGCCCGGCGGUGGAAACAGACUUCAUCACUCGAAGGGUAUCUGCGAACGAGGUUGUACAUUGUGUAGCUUCUGCUCUGUACAUGAAAUUAAACAAUUGGGACUAGAAUACCACUAGAAUAUGGUGUUCUCUCCAUCAGUCCUGGACCGUCGACAGACGUAGUAGGGUCGAUCAUCCCAUCCAUGACGUGCCUGUGCUUUGUGGGCCGGGACGAAUUGUGGGUUGAAUGUAGCUGCAAAAUUCUGUAUGUUCCAAAAUUCUUUAAGUCUAAAAUCGUGACCGAUUUGCUAAAUACGGUGAAUGGUUGCGCACGCUUUUCCAUAUCCAUCGUCUUCCACAUGAGGUGUUCGGU